UCGCUCUAGCUCCAUAAACCUUGGAGCUGUUUCAGGUUUGAACCCUCCAACAACACGUGUACUGGCUCCGUCGCCGACGUCCAAAGAUCCCGCCGGCCAGUGAAAUUCUCUCGGAUGAUGAUAUGAAAGUGCUGAUUCAGAAUGACUGAGAUUGGAAGGGUAAACACAAGGACAAAGAGACCAAAUAAUGGAGAUUAAAUCUCUAUUAUAAUUAAAUAAUUCGAAAAAAGGGGUUGAAAGAGAGAGAGAGAGAGAGAGAGGGGAAGUGGGGAAGAAGUGUUGUGUGUUUUCUUGUACUUUUUUCAAGUUGCAGGUUUUGGAGUAUCGUGUCGGGAGGUCUUAUUUUUUUACUAUUAUCUUUUUGGUAAAAAAAUGAAUUGAUUUUUCAAAAUACUUUGUUUCAAUUUCAAACCUUCUCAAAGUGAGCUCUAGAUCCCCUUGGGCUUGUGUAUAUAAUCUAUGCCUUUGCUUUCUCGUUGUUGAGUACAAAACCUUGUUUGCGGCGUUUGAGAGAAAACUAAGAAGAAACCUUGAACAUUCUGAAAUAGAUUACUAAUCUUCAGAGAUCGCAAAUGGCAAUCGACAUGAACUUUUCCAGUGAUAUUGAUGAUGAAUAUGUGAAGUUGAUUAGAAGAAUGAAUCCACCCAGGGUUGUAAUUGACAAUGAUGCCUGUAAGGAUGCUACUGUAAUAAGGGUAGAUAGCGCUAACAAACAUGGGAUUCUUCUUGAAGUCGUUCAAGUCCUUACUGAUCUUAAUCUUAUCGUCACCAAAGCCUAUAUUUCUUGUGAUGGUUGCUGGUUCAUGGAUGUUUUUAACGUCACCGAUCAAGAUGGAAACAAAGUUACAGAUGAAGGGGUUUUAGACUACAUCAAAAGGUCGCUUGAAUCGGAUUCUUGUUUUGCACCUUCCAUGAGAUCUGUGGGUGUAAAACCAUCUGUUGAUUACACAGUAAUUGAGCUUAUUGGCAAUGAUAGACAAGGAUUACUUUCUGAAGUCAGUGCUGUCCUCACUCACCUCAAAUGCAACGUUGUGCACGCUGAGGUGUGGACUCACAACACACGUGCGGCCGCCGUUAUGCACGUUACAGACGAUGAAACUGGUUCUGCAAUUACUGAUCUUGAGAGGCUGUCUAGGAUCAAGGGAUUACUCAGUAACGUACUAAGGGGAAGCAAUAACAGGUCCAAUGGAGCUAAGACUGUUGUUUCUCAUGGAGUCACUCACAUUGAGAGAAGGCUUCAUCAGAUGAUGUUUGCUGAUAGGGAUUAUGAACUUCUCGAUGAGGAUGUCAUGGAAGAAGAACAAAGACCAAAUAUCAAGGUUGUGAAUUGGUGUGAUAUAGACUAUUCUGUUGUUACCAUUCGGAGCAAAGAUCGACCGAAACUUCUUUUCGACACUGUUUGCACUUUGACAGACAUGCAAUAUGUGGUUUUUCAUGCCAAUGUAGUUGCUGAAGGGACAGAAGCAUAUCAGGAAUAUUACAUUAGACACAUAGAUGGAUCUCCUGUUAAAUCUGAUGCAGAGAGACAAAGAGUAAUUCAAUGUCUUGAAGCUGCCAUCAGAAGAAGAGUGUGUGAGGGGUUGAAGCUAGAGUUAUGCACAACAGAUAGAGUUGGGCUUCUUUCUGAUGUUACCCGCAUCUUUCGAGAGAACAGUCUGACUGUCACAAGAGCAGAGGUAACAACGAAAGCCGGUAAGGCGAUUAACACGUUUUAUGUCCGCGAUCCAUCGGGGUAUCCAGUCGAUUCGAAGACGAUAGAUUCGAUCCGAGAAUUGAUCGGGCAAACAAUACUGAAAGUGAAAGGAAGUAGUAGUCCUAAAGAUCAAAAACAAGUUUCUCAGGAUUCACCUACCAGGUUCCUAUUUGGUGGUCUUUUUAGAUCUAGAUCUUUUGUUAAUUUUGGGUUAAUAAGGUCUUAAUCAUGAAGAAACAUAGUGCUGCUACUCAAAACUGACAUUAAGCCUAUCAUGUAAAUGACCUCACCAUAAAAUACAACUUAGGAACAAAAACAUAGAGCAGCAUCAGCUUCUAUAUAUUCCUUGGGCACAAGAAUUAGUGUCUUCUUUUAGCUUUUAGUUUUCUGAUGUACCAAAAAUCAAGGGGAGAAAAAAAAUCUCAACUCCCCCCCCCCCCCAAAAAAAAAAAAAAGGUUAAUUUUUAUUAAUUAUGUUUGUUUAUUUGGUUGGGGUAACAUGGGUAGAAUGAAGGGUUGACAUUUAUUUUGGAUUUGAGCACAAAUUUCUAAAAAGUUUUCCAAGGUCGAGGAACCAACAUGGAAGGAUCUUGUUAAUUAUUAUAUGUAUGUAUAUAUAUUUGGGUUAAUUUUUUAAGAAGACUUUGAAAUGAAAGUUAACGAACCUUGAUAUUUUCAAUCCCUCCAAUAUGGAAUGAGAAUAGUGGUUUGAACUUUGAGUA